UUGAACGACUGGUCACUUGCGCAGCCAUCUGUGCCUUCUGCCAUGGUGUGAUCAGAGCGAGCGCUGAAACUGGGAGGUCCAGAGAGACUGGGAAGUGAGGGUUGAGAGGUGUCCACCCUUCUUUCACCCUCCAAUGGGGUGGCUUUUGCGCGGUGGACCGGACCCCAACUUGAGCAAUGCAGAGGAUGAGCAUGCCUGGGUACACGCAUGUGCAAGUCCCCGCCCGCUUAUGGGACUUGUGCUUUGUGCUCGAACGUGUUUCUGUGGUUGGGCCCCACCGUGCUUUGAAAGGGAGAUCAAGAAACUUUGUUUAGUGCGGAUUUGAGGUGGUCCCCCAAAUUAAUUCAACAGAGGAUUUCAAUCAUGAAGUACCCUUCCAAAAUCCAUUGAGUCUGACUGUGAAUCUACUGACGACAAGGGUGCAGGGACCAGGAGAUGAACUUGAAACCGAUUGGUUUUGCUGUGAGUUGAGGCUGGGAUUGAUGCGUGUUUCGAGAAGAGAUGGAUUGACAAGUUCAAGUUGCUUCUUAAGAGUUACUAUUUUGCAGUUACUUGUUGAUUUUGGCUUUCUUUGCCGAGCAUCACAAAGAAAAGGACGAACUCGAGAAGACUCCGGAUAAGGAAUGAUUCAGGGAGCCUCAAUCAAGAGCACAAGGUCAAUUGUUUGGGAUUGCUUUUUCGGUGGCUUCUCUGCUUGCUGUGCGGACCCCUUGGUCAGUGAAUUUCUAUGCCCGCCUACAUGGUGCGCCUGGUUCUGCGGCCUGCUGAUGCUGUGCGCGAUGACCUUCGAUCGGCAGGCCUUCGGCCGGCUUCCGAAGCUGGCCAAGCUGGAGCUGUACCUUCACAACUGCAAGCUCGGUGCGGAAGGGGGCCGCCGCGCUGGCCUGCACUUUGGGAGCUCGGCCAGCAACAAGCUGGAAAAGCUUGGAGUUUUUGGGCUGGAUCUUUGGCUGACAGCAAUGCAAGCGGUUCCCAUCCGUUCCCCCAUCGUUUCAUCAAUCCUGUGACUGAAACGCAUCGUUUUUGUAGAUUGGGGUGCUCCAGUGACUCGGCAAAAUAACCGCAAAGCCGUGGACCACUGGAUGUUGACAUUAAUUUUCUACAAGAGCCGCCUAUAAACUCCCUCGGAGGUCGGUGCAGAAUCACACCGCAGAUGCCGAAAUCUUUGGUGAGAUGCAGUGACAAGCAUUCUGAGAAGCUCUUUCAAGUGUGGGCUUCCUGACCCCUCGUUCAAGAUUGGCUCGGAUUUUCAGUGAUCGAUCACUAUCUAGCUCACGAAGUUCUUGUUUAGAAAGCCCCAACCACGAUGUCACGACAUGCGGCGCCCGGAAUUUUGUUGAUGAUUUUCGCACCGCCUCAGCGGCCGCAGUUUGCUUGCGGGUUUCGCUAGUGCUCACAAUCACCAGAGUAUUCGGACCAUGAUAAGCACAAGCACAGUACAACAUGUCCCAUGUCUGCAUUUGUUUGCAGCAAGUACUGAAGAACCGUCUCCACUUCGCAGAUGUCAGGGGUUUGGGUUUUAGUAUUCUUUAGGGGUUUGGUUGAAACUAAUGAACUGUCAAGACUUCUUUGAGCUAUUAUAAAGGCUGUUGGAUGCCGUCAAAUUGGGCCGUUCCCAAUGAAGGUAUCACAUGGUAAACACAUUUUUUCAAAGGUGGAACCCACUUCUUGCAGUGGUAAGGAGGUCCCUCUCCCAAGCGACGACCCAGAGAAGCUUGCUUGCUUGUGGUUUGACCUAUAUAUAUAUAUAUUUAUAAAUCCUCUUGGUCCAAGACCAGGCCAACCUCAUCUUUGCUUUCACGCCAAAUCCACGACCCUUGUUUGAUCCUGUUUGUAGUUGCAUUUUUCAAGUAGCGACGGGGGUU